CACAGGCGAAGCUGAAGGGAACAUUUGUUCAGGACGGGGAGAGACCGCUCCGUUAUGUCGACGAGCCGUGCGGCUGUAACACUUUGUACUUCUCUUUAAAUCGGAUUUGAACCCUGCUAGAGGAUUUUGCUUUUUGGACCGUGUCGGUACAGGGCGUGAUUAGGAACGUCUUUUUCGACAUUUCACGUCGCAUCUGCGAAGUUGGACCGAACGUAGUGAGCUAUUUCAGCCCGAAAAGAGACGGAACCGUGGGAUCCGCUUGUACAACUGUGGACAUUCGAUCCUGAUAGCGUUCUCACGAUCGCAGCGGCAGGCCAAUCACUGAUGGGUGCAUACUGUGGGGCGACACACCAGGAGAACCACAAAUCAUUCAGAGAGAUCGGCAACUGUGAAAGAAUGAAGACAAGCUAGAUAUUGUCACCGAAAACCUGCAGCUUUGUUGGAAGUGCGAGCGUUUGAACUAGCAAAUGAGAGCCUGGACUAAAAACGCAUAAUCACAGAAACCUGAAGAGUUACUUUCCUGCUCGAAGCUUGCGUUGAGAAGAAUACGUCGACGCCAAGCGUUCAACAUGAGUGCAGAGGGCUAUCAGUACAGAGCGCUUUAUGACUAUAAGAAGGAGCGUGAGGAGGACAUUGAUCUGCAUGUGGGGGAUAUACUGCUAGUAAGCAAAGGCGCUCUGGUGGCUCUCGGGUACACUGAUGGCCUGGAGCAGUGUCCAAAGGACAUUGGCUGGCUUCCAGGCUUUAAUGAAACCACUCAGGAAAAGGGGGACUUCCCCGGGACAUAUGUAGAGUACAUUGGGAAGAAAUGGAUCUCACCCCCCACACCAAAACCAAGACCCCUCAGACCUCUACCCGUAGCUCCAAGUUCUUUCAAGGCAGAAACGGACUCGGACUCUGAGCAAGGCUCUUGUCUUCUGGACUUGACGGAGCAGUUUUCGCUUCCAGAGACGGCUCCACCCAUGUUAAGCAGACUGCUGGAGGCCAUUGAGAAGAAAGGUCUGGAUAACCCCACCCUGUAUCGGACUUUUACUGCUGGUGCUGGACUUGAAGUCAGACAGUAUUUUGAGUGUGAUCCUCCAUCAGCAGACCUGGACCAGCUUGAACUUCCCGUGCUCUGUGACGGUCUGCGUCGGUACCUGCAGGAUCUCCCCCAGCCCAUCAUCCCCACUGCAAUCUAUGCUCAGAUGGUCCACACUGCGAAAGAGGCGGUGAAUCCCGAGGAAUGCGCCCAGCUGUUGCGCCGCGUCGCCAGCACCCCGAGCCUGCCUCCCCAGUACUGGCUGACUCUCCACUGCCUGCUCAGGCAUUUCGCUAGAGUGUGCCAAAGCGGUUCCAAGAACCUGCUCAGCGCCAGGACGCUGGGCGAGAUCUUCAGCCCGGUCUUCUUCAGACCGCAGGCCACCAGCUGUGAGCCCAGCCUGGAUGCUUACAUCAGGAUCAUCGAGGUCCUGGUGACCAGCGAGUGGAGCGACAGUCAAGCUGCUCCAGCUCUACCUCCAAAGCCACCGAAGCCCACAUCUGUGAUUAACAACGGUAUGAACAACAACAUGGCUCUGCAAGACGCCGAAUGGUACUGGGGCGACAUCUCGAGGGAGGAGGUGAACGAGAAGCUGAGGGACACCGCCGACGGUACGUUUCUGGUCCGAGACGCCUCCACCAAGAUGCACGGAGACUACACCCUGACUCUGAGGAAAGGAGGAAACAACAAGCUCAUUAAGAUAUUUCACCGGGACGGGAAGUACGGCUUCUCAGACCCGCUGACCUUCAGCUCCGUUGUCGAGCUCAUCAACCACUAUCGCAACGAGUCCCUGGCUCAGUACAACCCCAAGCUAGACGUCAAGCUGCUGUAUCCCGUCUCCAAACACCAGCAGGAUCAGGUGGUCAAAGAAGACAACAUCGAAGCCGUGGGGAGGAAGCUCUGCGAGUACCAUCAGCAGUACCAAGAAAAGAACAAAGAGUACGACCGUCUGUACGAGGAGUACACCAGAACGUCGCAAGAAAUACAAAUGAAGCGGACGGCGAUAGAGGCUUUUAACGAAACCAUCAAGAUAUUCGAGGAGCAAUGUCAAACACAAGAGCGGUACAGCAAAGAGUACAUCGAGAAGUUUAGGAGAGAAGGCAACGACAAGGAGAUCCAGAGGAUCAUGGGAAACUACGAGAAGUUGAAGUCGAGGAUCAGUGAAAUCGUGGACAGCAAGCGGAGACUAGAAGAAGAUCUGAAGAAGCAGGCGGCCGACUACAGAGAGAUCGACAAGAGGAUGAACAGCAUCAAACCAGAUCUCAUCCAGCUCCGCAAGACCAGAGACCAGUAUCUAAUGUGGUUGACCCAGAAGGGAGUCAGACAGAAAAAACUCAACGAGUGGCUGGGAAUCAAGAACGAGAACACAGAAGAUCAAUAUUCGAUGGUGGACGACGACGAGGAUCUUCCCCACCACGACGAGCGCUCCUGGAAACUGGGCAACAUCAACCGACUACAGGCCGAGGCUCUGCUCCAGGGCAAGAGAGACGGAACAUUCCUGGUCCGAGACAGCAGCAAGGCGGGAUGCUACGCCUGCAGCGUUGUCGUGGAUGGCGAGGUGAAGCACUGCGUCAUCAACAAGACCCCCUCAGGCUACGGUUUCGCCGAGCCGUACAACCUGUACGGCUCGCUGAAAGAACUCGUUCUCCACUACCAGCACACGUCUUUGGUCCAGCACAAUGACUCUCUGAAUGUGACGCUAGCGUACCCGGUCUACGCCCAGCAGAGACGGUGAGGACCCGGACGCGCUCCCGCACGGACUGGACUCAAGAGCUCUCUGGAAGGCCUCGUCUCGGAGACGCGUUCCCGGACUCCAUGUUUUUUUUUAGAAAGCGAGGCGCCGACGCCGGGCUCGGACUGGAAGAGACAAACACACACACACACACACACACACAAACACAAAGUAAAGCCUGGAACAUUUCAGUGACUUUGCCCGACCACAAGCCCGAGGCGAGUCUGAAUGUAGAUGUACUUCACGUUUUGCUUUUUCGUGGGAGCACAGAAUCAAGCGGAAACUGCUGAACUCCCCCAGCGGAGCGGAGGACGUUUGAGGCCUUUUCCUUAUGGUGCUUGUUCGUUUUUUCAAAGCUUUACCAGCCGGAAUGUCUAACCGCAGCAGAUACGAACUCUUCAGACAAAACUGUACUUGCCGGCCACCACCUUUUUUUUUUUUUGUUUUCCACUUUUUUUUUUUUUUCCCCUUCCCCUUUUCAUGUCAUACGUGUGUGUCUGUGUGUUUAUUUGUGUGUGGCUGCGAGUGAGUGUGUGUGUGUGUGUGACUGUCCAUGUGACCAAAACUCAUAGAAUCAGGAAACUGUGUGAGGUUGGGGGGGGGGAGGGGGAGGGUAGCAGACCAUGGAUCAGCUGAUAAAUGUAGCAAAAUGGCACUUUUUAAACUAAGUUUAAUUUUUUUUUUUUCUUCUCGUUUUCUUUUGUUUAUUUUUGUUUUUUGGACUUUUUAUGAGAGGAGCAGAGAGAGGACGAGACGCCUCCAACCCUGCCUUUCUCGCUGAUAAAGCAUUAUUGUGCAAAAGUUAAACUUGAUCUUAAACUGUGGGCAGGUGAAACUCUGAACGGACUCUUUUCAUGUACAUAUGUGAAAAAUGUGCAAAGUCAUAAAUCAAAAGUGCACCAUACCAAAAAGAAAUCAGUUCCUGUUUCAGUUAUAUUCUGAUCUGCUAUGCAAUUCUUUACCCAUAUUACUUCAGAAUUGUUUUUUAUUCUGUUGCAACCCACGAAUAUAAGCUUGUUUUAUUGCUUGAAAAGUAUCUUUUCCUGUGUAAAAUGUCCGCAAGGAUAUUUUGUGUCAAAAUGCCAAGAUACAGUACAAGAAAUGCUUAUGAUUUUUAAAAGAUGACUAUAGAAACAUACACUUUAUUAUAAAUUACUUUAACAAUUGGUAUAAAGAUGGAAAAGAUGAGUAUUUUAUUAGUCUUUUUUUUUUUUUUUUUUUUUUUGCUUCAAACUAAUGUUCUUCUCAGGCAGAGCCUUUUUGAGUAUUUGAGCUGCUUUCAGUACUAUUCAGAAGGUCGGAGCACUCAGAACGAGCUGAUGGGAUUGUACGACCCCGAUCGACCAUCACUGCGAAAACAAACAGUAUAAUAGAUUUAUUUUGUUAUAAAAUAUAUAUGUUCCCAUACGAGAAUAUAUCAGAGCAGACUGGUGUUUUCAGCGGAUUGAUAUUGUUACUUACAAAAAAAGAUCAAUAUAUACAUUGUACACUUAGUAUUUUUCUGUAUCAGAAAAUCACUGUGUUUACAUGGGUGGCUCGGCUCAUUUCAGAUGGCAGUUUGAUACGAGGAGAGGAGGAGUUCGGUCUUUACGAGUUCACCAUUGGUACACGUUGACUCGGGAAAAGCAACUUUUAGCUUGUGAGUGUUCCAGACCACCAAAAAGAUGUCCCCCCCCCCCCCACCACCACAACCAAAAAACAAAAAAAACAAAAAAACGAAUGAGUUCACACCCCCCCCCCCCCCCCCCCCCCCCCCACGAUAAACACGUCCACUUCGCAAACCGUCAACUCUCUAAAUUAGGUGAAACGACUAACAAAAUCUAAUUUUGAUGGUUUCCAUUCUCACUGACACGUCAAAUGAGACUUUUAACGGACUCAUCGGAGCGACUCAUCUUUGGCACAACCUGGGAAAAGAAGGAAAAAAAAAAAAAACUACUACACACGUGAACAAACCAGCAAACGUUUGAAUUUCUUGCUUAAUUUUUCCCAAA